AUGCUUUUGUCUGCUGACGCAGUUACGUGGUGGCUAGGAUUAAAGCAACACAUCUCCACUUGGAACGAAGCCAAAGAAAAUUUAAUAUAUGCAUAUAGCACCCGCCUUCCACCACAUAGAAUAUAUUUGGAAAUAUUUGCUUCCCCGCAGGAUAAAGAAAACACAGACAACCGGCCCCGGCUGCGAGUCGGCCUGAACCGUGCGCCGCUCGUGCGAGUGCGCCGGCGCCGCGCGCACGCUUUCCAAGCUCCGCCGCGGCCGUCGUGCCCGCCACCGCUGUGCCUGUCGCUGUCGCCCAGCCUACCGUUGCCACGCCUGCCACUGCUGUGCCAGGAAACCGUUGCGAUUUUAUUCAUUCUCAUUCAACGUGCAUUUCGAAAUGUCGAGAUCAGGAUAGCUCAAACUGUUUUAAAUUAUUGUAAAAAAAAAACAAUUAGAGAUCAUUCAAAAAUACUACUCGGAAAAAGAGUUAAAUUUAAAUUCCAAAUUCUUACAUAUUAUUCAAAGACUUUCUUUUGUUCAAACAAAAAAUUGUUUGCCUUGAUACCUAGUGCUGACGAGGGUUUUGACGGGACAUACCAGACGAACGUGGUGGUCAGAAACAACGGCAGUUGUCUGUACGUGCCCCCGGGCAUUUUCAAGAGCACAUGCAAGAUAGAUAUCACGUGGUUUCCCUUCGACGACCAACACUGUGAUAUGAAGUUUGGUAGCUGGACAUAUGAUGGCAAUCAGCUGGACCUCAUCUUGAAGGACGAAGCCGGUGGCGACCUAUCAGAUUUCAUCACGAAUGGAGAAUGGUACUUAAUAGGAAUGCCGGGCAAAAAGAACACAAUUACAUACGCUUGCUGCCCAGAGCCGUACGUGGACGUCACCUUCACCAUCAUGAUCAGGAGGAGAACGCUGUACUACUUCUUCAAUCUCAUCGUGCCGUGCGUUCUGAUAUCCUCAAUGGCGCUACUAGGCUUCACGCUACCACCAGAUUCUGGGGAGAAAUUGACACUCGGAGUCACUAUACUACUGUCGCUGACGGUGUUUCUCAAUCUGGUGGCAGAAACUCUGCCGCAGGUGUCCGAUGCUAUCCCCUUGUUAGGUACAUAUUUCAACUGUAUUAUGUUCAUGGUGGCUUCGUCUGUGGUGCUCACCGUUGUGGUGUUGAACUACCAUCAUCGCACGGCUGACAUCCACGAGAUGCCACAAUGGAUAAAGACUGUGUUCCUCCAAUGGCUGCCCUGGAUUCUGCGUAUGUCCAGGCCGGGUAAGAAGAUCACGAGGAAGACCAUCAUGAUGUCCAACAGGAUGCGGGAGUUGGAGCUAAAAGAACGUUCGUCUAAGUCGCUUUUGGCCAACGUGCUGGAUAUAGAUGACGACUUUAGACAUGCCCCGCCCCCGCCGAACAGUACUGCUUCUACAGGCAACUUGGGGCCUGGUUGCUCAAUAUUUAGAACGGACUUUCGGCGUUCGUUCGUCCGCCCUUCGACGAUGGAGGACGUGGGCGGAGGGCUCAGUAGCCACCACAGGGAGCUGCAUCUCAUCCUGCGCGAACUCCAGUUCAUCACGGCCAGGAUGAAGAAGGCCGAUGAGGAGGCCGAGCUGAUCAGCGACUGGAAAUUCGCUGCAAUGGUAGUGGACAGGUUUUGCUUGUUCGUGUUCACGUUGUUCACGAUAAUAGCGACGGUGGCCGUGCUGUUGUCGGCGCCGCAUAUCAUCGUGCAGUGAGACGGUACCGUGCUCAUGUGCAUGCUCACUUAUAGUAUGAGAGAACUAAUUUUAAACGAAAUUAAGGUACUGUAAUUUAUAUUAAUUAAUUUAAUUUUAAACGUGUCACUAAUAUUGUCAGUAAUUAUGCGAUUUGGGUACUGUUCCUCUGUGUAAUCUAAACUAUUUAUUAAAUUUCAGAAGGUUUCCUCUUCAUGGGAGGAGGUUUCUUUAGACACUAUAGUACCGAUUACUAAGAUUAAUAAGAUUCACUCAUUGGGAUAAUUUAACCAAAAUGGUUAAUCACUACAAGUGUGUGUUCGUCAAUUUUUCUUUCAAUAUUGUCAGCAGAUGAAUGAGUUCAAUAAACUGUAAAGAAACUUCGGAAUUUGGUCGGUAAUGAUAACUUAGCUAAGUGAGGGUACACUUGUCAGCACUCAACCGGGGUCGUUGGUAUGCCGAAGCGAACCAGUAAAAUAGUUUAGAUUAUGCCGUUCCGGUAAUAGUUUGUUUAACGCAAGUUUUAACUUACAGAUAGGGUCUGUGUAUAUAGAACCUAAGUCGCAAGACGGUAAAUGACAUGGAAAUACAUUAUAUGUAACUAAAAAGAAAUAAUUAGUUAAGCCAUAUAAAUGUUAUUGUAAAACAAUUGUGAUGUUAAUCUGAUUAAAUAUUGAAAUAUGUAAUUUAUUAAUUAAUUAAAAAAAAAAUGAUAAUAUAAAAAGUUUUAAGAUUCGAUGGUGAAGUAUUUGAAGCUGGUUUCGUCGUUGCGUCGAAGGCUUCUGAGA